AAAGAAUCGAGCAAAAUUAGUGAUAAAGUGAACCACAAACUGCGCCUAGAGCUAUUCAGCGGGAAAUCCCAAACCAAAGAACUGCAAGAUUUUGACAUCUUAAUAAAAUAAAUAAAUAAAACACACACACACACACAGAAAGGCAAAAUGUUGAAAACAAAAACAAGCGACGAUAAGCUGGAUACGCUGCUCUCGAGAUCUGCAGUGCCUAUCAUCGAUCUGGCGCAUUGCGGUACCGAGGAGGUGCCCGUCAAAUCGGUGGUGAAUCGCGUGGGCCAUCAGCUGCAGAAGGCCUUGUCCGAGAAGGGCAUGGCUCUGCUGGUCAACCAUGGCAUCUCCGACGAAAAGCUGAAAACGGCUUGGGACCAUUUGGAUGACUUUGUCGACCUGGAAGCGGAUGUCAAGCAGCUCUACAUACGCAGCGAUGGCGACAAUCACGGCUAUGUGAGUCCGGGCAACGAGCGUUUCGAUGGCAAAACACCGGAACUGCGACAUGCAUUCAACAUUUGCACGCUGAAUGUCCAGAAUCUGCCGGAGGAGCCAUUGCCCGGUUUUACGGAUCAUAUAAGCGCACUGGCCAAUGACUUUAAGGCCCUGGCCAGCUUUAUACUGCAGGCGCUGGCCGUCUCGCUGGACAUUCCGCCCACAUUCUUCCUCGAAAAGCAUUCACGCAUGAUGUCCGGCGAUCACGACAACAUGACCACUCUGCGCAUGCUCUAUUAUCCGCCCAUAGUGGACGACGAGCCUGGCCAUGGCCAGAACGAGGUCAUCAAGGGCCGUUGCCAGUACAGCUACCAGCGUUGCUUAUCAGAUCAGCCAGACUUCCGGCCCGAGCGCAAUCCCCUGGAGGACGAAGCGGACAACGUGCAAACCAAUGGCAAAGAUGGCGAGAUUGCCGAGCACAAGCUGCCCAACGGCGAGGUGAUCCGCUGUGGCGCACACGUCGACUACGGCACCUUCACGCUGCUGGCGCAGGACUCUGAGGGCGGCCUGGAGGUGAAGCUGCCGGGCAGCGAAAAGUGGACUCGUGUGGGUCACUUGCCGGGUGCCAUAUUAGUCAACUGUGGCGAGAUCUUGUCCAUAUGGACAAGGGAACGAUAUCCCGCACUGCAACACCGCGUCGUCAUACCCGAGCAGGAGCACAUACGCUCCCGUGGGCGGCACUCGAUUGCAUUCUUCUGCCAUCCAGACAAUAUUACAAUGAUAUCUCCCAACGAUCUGCCUCAAACCGAUACCGAGCAGAACGCGACGUGUCUCAAACAGCGCAAGAAGUCCUUCAAGGCGGCGAAAGAGCGUGUGUACAACGCGUAUCAGCUAAUACAGAAAAAGUUUAAAGAAACUUACACCAAUGGCAAUCACUCGUAAUGCCGUUGCGUCACGUAGUCGCCAGUCGCCAAGAUCAUCAUCUCUACUCCUGCCACUCUGUCAUCCUCUCAUCAGCCUGUGGGGAGAGCUAACGUCGUA